AGCAAUCUUUAAUUCUGAAGACAUGGAAAAUAAAUAUUUAGAAAGUAAAACCAAUUUCCAUCCUUUACACGUGCCAUUAUCAUCCUAUACACAACCCUGGAAAUUUGCCCACUGAGGUAAUUAUGGAGCCUAAUGUGUUUCAAGGGAAAGCUCCUCUGUUUGGGCUAUCCAGGAUUUACAGGGAGUUUAAAUCAUUAAAUAACCAUAGUUGACCCUUGUUCAGUUAAGAGAGUAAGCAAUUAUUGCAGAGUCCUCUUCCCUUCCUUCAACAAACAGCACAAAAACGGUUCUGAAGGGAUUUACACAAUACAUCAACAUCUGUGCUGUACCUAGAGUUGUUAAAAUAAUUGUGAUGACAGGUGUCUAGGUGCCACUUUCCUAAUGGUUUUCAAUAUCUAUUGAUUUAUUGUUGUGGAUUUCUCGUCCCCUUUACAGCUUUGGCUUUAAGAAAGAGCCGGGGAACAGAUUUUGCAGAGAGGCUGAUUCUUUAUUCCAAUGCUGAAAAGAACUAAUAAAAAUAAUCACUUGGCUUUUAAGCAGAAAGCUUCCAUUUACAGUAUUUCACCCUUACCCCGCCCCCUUCCAAGCCCCUUGUUAUCUAACAUAAUGGUUAGAAUACAUUUCCGUCUCUCCCCUUAAUAAUUUCAUGCAUUAACAUCCCUUUCACACACUAAACACACACACACGCGCGCGCACUGGUGCGCGCACGCACACACACACACAGCAAAAGGAAAAAAGAGGCAGCAGAAAUCUCAGCUGUACUUCUAGCCCUUUUAAAAAGUUUGCUCUGUAAAUUGGAAUGAGGUCAGAUUUGGAGCUUCUCAUUGCACGCGGAGAUUAUUAUUGCAUCGGGUUCCAAGCCAAUGGGAAGCCCGGGGGAGGGGCUUGGCAUGAGGAAGCGUUGGUUACAGCGGCUGAUUGGCUGCAGCCGAGACUGUGAAAGGAUAAAGAGGCGCGAGGCGGAAUUGGGGUCUGCUCUAAGCUGCAGCAAGAGAAACCGUGUGUGAGAGGAAGAGGCCUGUCUCGCUCUCGGGUCGCUAGUUCUUGCACGCUCUUUAAGAGUCUGCACUGGAGCAACUCUUACCAUUACCAGCUCCCUUCUUGCAGAAGGGAGGGGGAAACAUACAUUUAUUCAUGCCAGUCUGUCGCAUGCAGGCUUUUUGGCUUCCUACCUUGCAACAAAAUAAUUGCACAAACUCCUUAGCGCCGAUUCCGCCCACAGAGAGUCCUGGAGCCAGAGUCUUUUUUGCUUUGCAUGGUAGGAGAGGGACUAAGUGGUAGAGACUAUGUCGCUUUCCUGAGCUACCGAGAGCGCUCGUGAACUGGAAUCAGCUGCUUCAGGGGCAAACACACACACACACACACACACACAAACACACGACUUGCCUGGGAGGCCGCGAGAAACUUGCAUUGGAAGCUUCAGCAACCAGCAUUCGAGAAACUCCUCUACUUGGGCACGGUCUCCAGACUCAGCCGAGACAGCAAACUGCAGCGCGGUGAGAGAGACUCUCCAGCCUGGGAACUAUAACUCCUCUGCGAGAGGCGGAGAACUCCUUCCCCGCAUCCUUCGGGGACUUUUCUCUCCUGCGCUCCUCCGCCCCUGCGAGGAGCUGAGGGGCCGGUUCGGCCGCCGCUCGGCGUGUGCUUGGCCCGGGGAGCCGGGAAGGCCCGGCGGUCGCGCCGCGGCCGCUGCGAGGGUGUGAGCGCGCGUGGGCGCCCGCGGAGCCGGGGCCAUGGUGCAGCAAACCAACAAUGCCGAGAACACGGAAGCGCUGCUGGCCGGCGAGAGCUCGGACUCGGGCGCCGGCCUGGAGCUGGGCAUCGCCUCCUCCCCCACGCCCGGCUCCACCGCGUCCACGGGCGGCAAGGCCGACGACCCGAGCUGGUGCAAGACCCCGAGCGGCCACAUCAAGCGGCCCAUGAACGCCUUCAUGGUGUGGUCGCAGAUCGAGCGGCGCAAGAUCAUGGAGCAGUCGCCCGACAUGCACAACGCCGAGAUCUCCAAGCGGCUGGGCAAACGCUGGAAGCUGCUCAAAGACAGCGACAAGAUCCCUUUCAUCCGAGAGGCGGAGCGGCUGCGCCUCAAGCACAUGGCUGACUACCCCGACUACAAGUACCGGCCCAGGAAGAAGGUGAAGUCCGGCAACGCCAACUCCGGCUCCGCGGCCGCCGCCGCCUCCAAGCCGGGGGACAAGGGAGACAAGGUCGGUGGCAGCGGCGGGGGCGGUCACGGGGGCGGCGGCGGCGGCGGGAGCGGCCACGCGGGGGGAGGAGGCGGCGGUGCGAGCGGCGGCGGCGCCACCUCCAAACCCGCGCAGAAGAAGAGCUGUGGCUCCAAAGCGGCUGGCGGCGCGGGCGGCGGGGUCAGCAAACCGCACGCCAAGCUCAUCCUGGCGGGCGGCGGCGGCGGGAAAGCAGCAGCGAACGCCGCCUUCGCCGCGGACCAGGCGGGGGCCGCCGCCCUGCUGCCCCUGGGCUCCGCGGCCGCCGCCGACCACCACUCGCUGUACAAGGCGCGGACUCCCAGCGCCUCGGCCUCCUCGGCGGCCUCGGCCUCCGCCGCGCUGGCGGCCCCGGGCAAGCACCUGGCGGAGAAGAAGGUGAAGCGCGUCUACCUGUUCGGCGGCCUGGGCGCGGCGGCGGCGUCGCCCGUGGGCGGCGUGGGCGCGGGCGCCGACCCCAGCGACCCCCUGGGCCUGUACGAGGAGGGGGGCGCGGGCUGCUCGCCCGACGCGCCGAGCCUGAGCGGCCGCAGCAGCGCCGCCUCGUCCCCCGCCGCCGGCCGCUCGCCCUCCGACCACCGCGGCUACGCCAGCCUGCGCGCCGCCUCGCCCGCCCCGUCCAGCGCGCCCUCGCACGCGUCGUCCUCGGCCUCGUCCCACUCGUCGUCGGCCUCCUCCUCGGGCUCCUCGUCGUCCGACGACGAGUUCGAAGACGACCUGCUCGACCUGAACCCCAGCUCAAACUUUGAGAGCAUGUCCCUGGGCAGCUUCAGCUCGUCGUCGGCGCUGGACCGGGACCUGGAUUUUAACUUCGAGCCCGGCUCCGGCUCGCACUUCGAGUUCCCGGACUACUGCACGCCCGAGGUGAGCGAGAUGAUCUCGGGAGACUGGCUGGAGUCCAGCAUCUCCAACCUGGUGUUCACCUACUGACGGGCGCGCGGGCAGGGAGGAGGAGGGCCGGGGGAUCGGAGAGGAGAAAAAAAGAAAAAAGAAAAAAGAAAAGGACAGACGAAGAGUUGAAAGAGAAAAGGGAAAAAAAAGGAAAAGAAAAAAAAGUGAGCAGGGCUGGCUUCUGCCGCCUCCCCGUCGUCGGAGAGGAGCGCGGCGGCGUUUUGGACCCGCGCUCCCAUCCCCCACCUUCCCGGGCCGGGGACCGACCCUGCCCAGCCGGAGGGACGCGGGGGAGGCGGAGGGUAGACAGGGGCCACCUGUGAUUGCUGUUAUUGAUGUUGUUGUUGAUGGGAAAAAAAAAAAAAAAAAGCGACUUCGAGUUUCCUCCCCUUUGCUUGAAGAGACCCCCUCCCCUUCCAACGAGCUUCCGGACUUGUCUGCGCCCCCAGCAAGAAGCCGAGUUAGUUUUCUAGCGACUGAAGGAAUGUCCCCUUUCCCCGCAUCACCACCUUGGUUUUGUUUUAUUUUGUUUCUUGGUCAAGAAAGGAGGGGGAGAAACCAGCGCGCCCCCUCCCCACCGUUUUAAAAAAUGCCGGAUGAAGAUGGAAGGCUCCGGGGUGACGAAUUUGGCCGAUGGCUGAUGUUUUAGGGCAGCGCCGGGACUGAGAGACUCCACGCAGGCGAAUUCCCGUUUGGGGCUUUUUUUCUCUCUCUCUCUCUUUCCCCCCUUCCCCCUCUGCAGCCGGAGGAGGAGAUGUGGAGGGGAGGAGGCCAGCCAGUGACCGGCGCUAGGAAAUGACCCGAGAACCCCGUUGGAAGCGCAGCAGCGGGGGCCAGGGGCGGGGACGCGGAGAAGGACACGAACUGGAAGGGGGUUCACGGUCAAACUGAAAUGGAUUUGCACGUUGGGAAGCAGGCGGCGGUGGCUGCUGGGCCUCCGCCUUCUUUCUACGUGGAAUCAGUGAGGUGAGACUUCCCAGACCCCGGAGGCGUGGAGCAGAGGAGACUGUUUGAUGUGGUACCGGGGCAGUCAGUGGAGGGCUAGUGGUUUCGGAAAAAAAAAAAAAAAGAAAAAAGAAAAAAAAGGGUUUUUUCUUCUCUUAAUCGGAAUCGUGAUGGUGUUGGAUUAUUUCACUGGUGGGGUUAAUAUAGCAUGUUAUCCUGUCUAUCUUUUAAAGAUUUCUGUAUAAGACUGUUGAGCAGUUUUUAAAAUAGUGUAGGAUAAUAUAAAAAGCAGAUAGAUGGCGCUAUGUUUGAUUCCUACAACGAAAUUAUCACCAGCUUUUUUUCAUUCUUAACUCUUUAAAGGAUUCAAACGCAACUCAAAUCUGUGCUGGACUUUAAAAAAACAAUUCAGGACCAAAUUUUUUCUCAGUGUGUGUGUUUAUUCCUUAUAGGUGUAAAUGAGAAGACUUUUUUUCCUUCACCGAUGCUCCAUCCUCGUAUUUCUUUUUCCUUGUAAAUGUAAUCAGAUGCCAUUUUAUAUGUGGACGUAUUUAUACUGGCCAAACAUUUUUUCUUUUGUCCCUUUUUUGCUUUCCUUUCUUUUUACUUCCUUCCUUUCUUCCUUCCUUCCUUUUCCUUUUUCUUUCUUUCUUUUUUUUUUUUUUUUUUUUGUAUUUUUGGUUUUUUGGUAGUUGUUGUUACCCACGCCAUUUUACGUCUCCUUCACUGAAGGGCUAGAGUUUUAACUUUUAAUUUUUUAUAUUUAAAUGUAGACUUUUGACACUUUUAAAAAACAAAAAAGACAAGAGAGAUGAAAACGUUUGAUUAUUUUCUCAGUGUAUUUUUGUAAAAAAUAUAUAAAGGGGGUGUUAAUCGGUGUAAAUCGCUGUUUGGAUUUCCUGAUUUUAUAACAGGGCGGCUGGUUAAUAUCUCACAGUUUAAAAAAUCAGCCCCUAAUUUCUCCAUGUUUACACUUCAAUCUGCAGGCUUCUUAAAGUGACAGUAUCCCUUAACCUGCCACCAGUGUUCACCCUUCGACCCCCGUCUUGUAAAAAGGGGAGAAGUAGCCAAACACUGUAAGCUUUUAAGAAAAAGUUUCAGAGGAAAUACUGUUCUGUCCAGAGGCUUUAAAACUGGGGCAUUUUCAGCAAAAAGGGAUUCUGUAGCUUUAACUUGUAAACCACAUCUUUUUUGCACUUUUUUUAUAAGCAAAAACGUGCCGUUUAAACCACUGGAUCUAUCUAAAUGCCGAUUUGAGUUCGCGACACUAUGUACUGCGUUUUUCAUUCUUGUAUUUGACUAUUUAAUCCUUUCUACUUGUCGCUAAAUAUAAUUGUUUUAGUCUUAUGGCAUGAUGAUAGCAUAUGUGUUCAGGUUUAUAGCUGUUGUGUUUAAAGAUUGAAAAAAGUGGAAAACAUCUUUGUACAUUUAAGUCUGUAUUAUAAUAAGCAAAAAGAUUGUGUGUAUGUAUGUUUAAUAUAACAUGACAGGCACUAGGACGUCUGCCUUUUUAAGGCAGUUCCGUUAAGGGUUUUUGUUUUUCAACUUUUUUUUGCCAUCCAUCCUGUGCAAUAUGCCGUGUAGAAUAUUUGUCUUAAAAUUCAAGGCCACAAAAACAAUGUUUGGGGGAAAAAAAGAAAAAAUCAUGCCAGCUAAUCAUGUCAAGUUCACUGCCUGUCAGAUUGUUGAUAUAUACCUUCUGUAAAUAACUUUUUUUGAGAAGGAAAUAAAAUCAGCUGGAACUGAACCCUAAA